AUGGGUGAUCUCCCAAAAUCCCGAGUGACACCUUCUCGUCCAUUUCUCAACACGGGGCUGGACUACGGUGGUCCUUUCAACAUCAAGGUUCAUAACCUCCGUUCAAUACGUUUGACAAAAGCGUACAUUUGUAUCUUCGUCUGCCUUGUAACAAAGGCUGUUCACAUUGAAGUAGCUACUGACCUAUCAACUGAUGCCUUCAUUGCUGCACUAACUCGUUUUGUGUCAAGACGUGGCCUCUGCAAGAACAUAUAUUCGGACUGCGGGACAAACUUCGUUGGUGCUAAUAACGCCUUUCAAGCUCUCUUCAAGUCAGCUGAACGAACAUCUUUUCUUGAAUUUUCCUCAAACCAAGACAUUACCUUCCAUUUCAACCCCCCAGCUGCUCCUCACCAAGGUGGUCUCUGGGAAGGAGCCGUUAAGAGUGCCAAGCAUCACCUCCGCCGUGUCAUCGGCGAACAUGUCCUAACCCUCUCAGAGUUCAUGACCCUGACUACUCCAGUGGAGGCGAUACUUAAUUCGAGACCUCUCACACCAAUGUCAAACGACCCUUCAGAUGUCACUGCGCUCACUCCAGGACAUUUCUUGGUCGGAGCUCCACUUGUCUCUGUUCCUGAUGAAAAUCUGGAAGAUGUUCCUGAUAAUCGCCUGAAACACUGGCAUUUGGUCAAGGCCCUAAAUCAACGCAUCUGGAAGAGAUGGCAACUGGAGUACAUUCACACCCUCCAUCAGCGGGCAAAGGAAAAACCUUGUGAGCUGGUCGAGUCAAGAGUCCUUGUUGAGUUUUCAAGUGGACGACCCGUACAACCUCAUCCUUUCCAGGGGAGACACCCACAAUCCGAGCUAACGGCCAAGAAAGAGGAGGAGUAG